AUGUCGUCGAGAGUUGGACCACGUGCUACAGGCACGGAUGGAAGCGAUUUUACACAUCGACAGAGAGUAUCACAACUAAUAAAGCUAAGGUAGGCAUUGUUUUUGAUGUAUUUUAUGUUUUUAGUGUACAAUAUAAAUUCUACCUCAAGAUGUUGUUUGUUCUACACUUUUUGGUACUUCUGGCUAUGUGGACGAAGGUUGGAAGCGAGUUUGCGAUCAAAGAUCUCGGCUACAAAAGUGCCUUCUUUGAGAAAUUGGAUCUUCCUUCAGCAUAUCCAUGGGAGUACGUGUGGUGCACGUCAUUUGUGUGUAUUGUGAUUGGUCUGCUGUCUUUUAAUCACAACAAGGUAAGUUUUACGUUGUGUCUUAGUUUAGAAAUUUUUUUUUUAAAUGCUUGUGGAUGUAUGAGUUAUAUUGCUCAAAAUUAUUUUGCUAUAAAAUAAACUUUUGAUUUUUUUUAAUGAUUGUCACUUUCAGACGAAGCUUUUACGUAUCGAAUACUAUGCUCAAUUUGUACUUGGAAUAGUGCCAUGUUCAAUUGGUAUUGGCAGCUUGUUUCCUGAAUUGAUCGCUUACAUUCAAGACCCGGAGAACAGUAACACACCAACAUUUAACGGUCAAUUCCCCAUGGUUAUUAUCUGGUACAUCUUUUUCUUGAUUUCCUUCCAAAUUCACAUUUUCGCCAUCUACUUCACUUAUUAUUUGAUAGGAUCCUGGGAACGGGACGUGAAGAAGGACUAG